AUGGCUUGCACUGGCAUCAAAAACCUCCCGACUUCGACGAAAAGGGGCAGAUCACGAUCCCUAUCAUCUUGUGAGCAAAUCACGCGAGUCGACGACGAUCUAUUGGUUCGAAAGCGCCCUCCGCUUUCCGGCCAUGAUCUAGAUAAGCUCAAUUGCCAUAUUUAUCUUCAAGACUUUGGAUCUCAACUUCAAAAGGCUGCCAGUGCGAUAUUUCCGGGCCAUCAAAUCUCAAGGUAUACUGAAGUCCACGUGAUCAUCUUGUCCUGGGAAGACGAGGACCCCAAACUACCUGUUUCGUUAGAGAUAAAGGCCUUAGCAGACGUCUUCUCAGAUCUAUACGGAUUUGAAGUUGAGCAAUGGCUUAUUCCCUCGGAAAAUUCACACAAUAAGUUGCAGAGCAAGGUCCUCAAAUUUCUCGGUGAUGAUGACGUCGGCCACCUGAAGAUCGUAUACUACGCUGGACAUGGGAAAUUGACGAAUCAUGGAACUCCAGCUUGGACAAGUUGGCAGAACAGCCGGAAUGACCGCUGUCCUACGGUAAAAUGGUCUGGCAUUCAGAACACGCUAGAAGAGUCUCGCUCGGAUGUCUUGAUUCUCUUAGAUUGCUGUGCAUCUGGAGUCUGUACAACUGACGAAGGGAACGGUGUCACAGAACUCAUUGCUGCCUGUGCAUACAACGGCAUUGCUAACGGGGUUGGGCCGUUCUCAUUUACACACGCGUUGAUCAGCAGGAUGCGAAAGCUCGCUCCGUUACCAUACUUCACCAUCGGAUUUCUAUACAAUGCCCUGUUCACAGAAAUUCAAAGCUGGAGGAUUGAAGACUCUCGGCACAAAAAACCUCCUAUACAUUUGGUCUUGAGCCAGAACAACGAGAGACCGAGGAGCAUUCGCCUAUCAUCCCGUUUGCGUAUGCUAAAAAGGAAUCAAGAAGGAAUUGAUUCAAAUUUGCAGAAUUCCUUGGAUGCACCUCUGAGUUCUCAUCCCAUAUUCGAGACCACGUUAAACUCUCCGUCUGCCUCUAUGUCAAACCACCAAACGUCUUCAUCAAACGAUUCCACUACCUCCAGCCAGACCAGUGGCAAUAGACGAGAAUCAGGAUUAUGGCUUUCUCCUUCACCAACGAGUUCAAUAGAACUCCCCGAAUACCCAAGGCUACUAUUUAGCAUCCGAAUCCAAGAGGAUGUCAAAUUUGGCGAUCUUUCGAUCGAGAUGUUUACUGACUGGCUGAGAGAUGUGCCCGUCUCUUCUAGUUUGGUUAGAGUCGAGGCGGGAUUCGCAAGUGAUUCGACCCUUUUGAUGGUAUCAAUGCCAGCCGCAAUGAUUGCCUACAUCCCUUCAAAUUCUGCAAUCAUCAUGCUUGGGGUAAUUCGCUCCCAGAAUCUCUUGACACCCCCCAAACAAGCUGGAACACAAUCGACUGGAGGUAUCGAGACGACGACGACAAAUGCAUCCCACACCCCUUCACCACUUCCCGAAAGACCAAGACGCCUUGAGGACCGGCAUUCAGUUUCAACCAUCGGAACAACAAGCUCCCAAUCCGCGUAUACCCAUUCUGAUGAAAUUUUUUCGGAUGGCAGGGCAUCGGUGAUGACAAGCGUGUCUUCCAUCACUACUGGUAGUCGGUUUGCCUUUGUGCCACCUGUUCCGCAACCUCUAAAGCAUGAUCCCGUAGAAGGCCUUUGGAAUGGGAUUUUGAGGGUCAUACCUUGCAAAAUCGAUCAUAGCAACCAACUCUGGGACGAUACCUUCACAAUAUUUCCAACUUGUACAAUAUGUGGCUUCUCCAGGUGGCAUAGCUUGAUGCUCAAUGCCCAAAGCAUUGAAUUGGAAACAUUCAUGGCUGCAAUGGAAGGUUUCAGGAUUGGUGGGAGCCCUCUUGACUACGCUGGAAACUCCUCGGCCCACUAUCUGAUGUCGGCUGGAUUCAAUCUGGACUAUCUGAGACGGCUGCAUUGGAUGGAAGCUGGGAGGCAAGCAAUAUACGAGCAGAACGUCUUCGGACAAAACCCGCUGCAUGUCGUCAAUCCAAACGCACGGGGGCAUGAAUUGGUCAGACUCUUGGAAUGGUUCAAGACGGUCCCGGCGGUCAAAUUGCCCCCUGGGCUUCUCCUUACUCAGCGCGACAUUUAUGGCCAUACGCCUCUUCAUGCACUCCUUUGCCGCCCACUCGAGACAGAGCUUUACACGAAGAUUUUGGAUGUAUUUCCGUUGAUCGAGCAUCAACUUCGUGCACCCGACGUCUCUGGCAAGACCGUUCUCGCUUUAAUGAACGAAGCUGCAUUUCAGGCACAAUCAAUGUCUGGAAACAAUUUCAAAAAACUACAAAACGGCGCUUCAGUUGUCGAAGCAUUCCUUGAAAGAACUGGUGGCACCGGCACAGAGCAUGAGUAUAGCUUUCACGAAAUCGCACGUGGGGCAAGGGGAACCUCUUGGGCAAUGUUUUAUGAGUGCCGAAUAUGUAGCCAGGUCAACACACAUUCAAGUUCCUAUCUCGACCAGAUGAUAUGUGCAUGUGCGCAUGGGAGAGACCGCGGUGCUCCAGACUCCGCUGGUUUGACACCAGCACACGCCCUGAUUACUUGCAAGCGAGCCACGCCUGACGGUACCCACGAGAGCCCUACACAGACCGCAGAACUUUUCCGACUCCUGGUACCACGCGAUGACACUACUCUUCGCGAAGCCCUCCAUGUCUUAGACCCACAGGGAAACAGUUUGAUGCACAACGUGGCCGUUCGCGGCUUCCAUGAGAUCCUCGAGUACAUGAUCUCCCUGGAAGAGCCGAAAAGAAGACGUGCCAUGGUCAACGCUUGUGUGAAUCAUCAGAACAGAGAGAUCAGCGUUCUUGCUGCGGUUGAAGAAGAGCUUCAGAAGAUGUCGGAGCGCAGUAGGAUAGCGAAUCCUUUUCAAAAGAAGGACCCACUUCGUGAACGGUUCCUCAAUGAGAUGCGGGGCCAGCUUCUUAAAGUUAAGCAGAUUCUACUGAGUGCCGGGGCGGAGAUGAAUCCCAGUCCUACGACUCGCUGGCGGAUUACUUGA